AUGGCUUCACCCACAGUCGUUGACAAGUUAUUUUUCUGUCCUGGAUGUCAGAGGGGUGGCUUCAAAAGCAUUGGCGCCGUCAAGGCUCAUUUUGAGUCCAAAGGCCACAAACUUGCUUGCGGUCCAUGCGACAGAUCUUUUGGAAAUGUAACGGCCUUGCUCAAGCACUCGCAGAAGCAUGAAAAGCCACUAGAUGGUCUCGACCCCAAGCCUCUCAAGUCAGCAAAACCAGCGCCAAAGAGCACAAAGCAACAGAAUUUCCAGGAUAUUUCUGAAAUCUUGCCUGCGAAACCCGCAAAAUCAGCCCCAAAGUCUAUGAAAUAUGACAAAUACCCGGAUCUAUCUGAGUCUUUUGUCAAGGCUGCAAAGCCAUCCCCAAAAACUACGAAGCAUGAAAAGUCGCAGGAUAGUUCUGAGCCCUCGUCCGUCAAUGUCGCGAAGCCCACUUCAAAGAAGACGAAGCUCGAUAAGCCUCAGGAUCUUCCCGAGCCCUUGUCUGUCAACAUUGCGAAAUCUGCUGCAAAGAAGACAAAGCUUGAGAUGUCCCAGGAUCUUAUUGAGGCUUUGUCUGCCAAACCUGUGAAGUCCGCCUCAAAGAAAGCGAAGCUUGAGAAGUCCUCGGAUCGCUCCGAUAUCUUGCCUCCCAAGGCUGCAAAACCAGCUCAAAAGCGCACAUCAAACCAGGCACCGGUACGUGCUCCGGUGAGGGUAGAGGCUUAUGAAGAUUUAUGGAACAAGACCUCUGAAACUGGACUCCCGGAUUCCUCGUCGCCUGCCACCCAAAACGCAAAUUAUCAUGCUGUUCUGGAGCCGCUCGAACAAAAUUUGAUCUUUCGCUACUUGUCGGCACGAUGUCACUCGGAAACCCGCCUGGCCACAAGAGGCUUCACAUUUCGGGCUGGCCUGGCAGACGUCAGCAGACGCCCGUCGAAGAAACCUCCUCCAAAGACAGGACACUUCCGCCAAGUUCCUCGCUCUUCGGACGGCUUGCCGAAGAGGAGAGCAAUUGUGCUUGACUGUGAGAUGGUGCAAGUUGAGGCAGGGCGUCGGGAGCUUGCAUUUUUAAGCGCGAUUGACUUUUUGACUGGCGAGGUUCUCAUCGACAAUUAUGUGCAGCCGAAAACGAAAGUAGUGAAUUGGGAUUCUCGCUUCAGCGGGGUGACUCCUGGUGCCAUGAACAAAGCUGUCAAGAAAGGGACAGCGUUGAAUGGCUGGGAGGGGGCGCGCUCGAAAUUAUGGGAGUUCAUGGAUAGUGAGACUGUUCUCGUUGGCCACUCUCUCAACAAUGAUCUUGACGUCUUGGGUAUCAUUCACUGGAACAUUGUCGACUCCUCCAUUAUUACCAGCGAAGCGGUGUUUUACACUGUACACGCCCGUGAAGCCCUCAACCGCACAUGGAGUCUGAAGACUCUUACCAAUGAAUUGGUCAAUUAUGAUAUUCAAGUCGGGAAACAGGGGCACAGUGCGCUAGAGGAUGCACAUGCAACGCGGGAUAUUGUGAUCUGGUGUCUGAGAUACCCGGAGCACCUGAAGGUAUGGGCGGAUAACGCCCGUGAUCAAGAGGAGGUGCGCGUGUACGAGAGGGAGUUGAAGAGGACGACGGAGGAAGAGGCGAGGGAGCAAAAGAGAAAACAUGAUAUGGAGAUAAAGGUCCAGAUGUUGUCUCGUGGUGUUGCUGAUUUGGAUGUUCAUGCCAUUGACCUGUCUGAUGAUGCUAAUGACCCCGAUUAUUCUUUUGUCAACCAUGAUGGUGGUGAUGUCGAACUUGAACAGGUGACUAUUGAAGCGGCCGCAGCUUCAUUCUUUUGA